AUGGGAAGCCGGCUGCUUUUCGGCUUCAUCUUGAUCGGCUUAUGGCCCGCUGCCGCCGCUCUGAGAUACCUGAUCCCGCAGAGCGCUGGCCCGAAAAGCUACGAAGAGCACCGAUCGACACCCGGCAGGCAAAUUGAGGCCGUGGGCUUCGCGGAACGAACCAUUUUCGUCAUUCAGAAUCAGGACGAGGAGCAGGGAUACGUAUGCCCGGAGAACCAGGUGGCCUGCCAACUCUUCUUCGAGGAGGGCAACUCCCCAAAAUUUGACGCAAAAAUCGCCGGAUGCUACGCAAAGGAUACGGUCGAUUUUAAUGGAUGCCACUGCGCGUACAUCGCGAACGAGAAGCCGAAAUUGCUGGAAGCGAUGCACCCACAACUCGCCGAAUACGCCCGCAUCCUCAACCGGCCGUCCUCGCUGUGCCCCCAUAUGGCCAAAGGACAAUACCGCAACCUCGAGGACUGGGAAUUGCCGGUACCAUACCUGUGCUCGCAGCACGGUCUACCGUAUCUGAAUGGAGAAUGUGACGGCAGAGGGGCAGAGGGAAUGGUGUGGAAUAGGGCAGAGACGCAGAGGAUAUUCUUCUCCGAAAGAAUCGAGAAAGACGACAGGGCGCUCGGCUAUCCGGAAAUGAUCACUUACGCCUGCCAGGGUCCCAAGGAGGUGUUCUGCAUGGAAUGGAAUGAUGAAGAGGAUCGGGAUAUCGGCUGUUAUAUCGGCGUCGAGAGGGACAACAGCAAGACAGAUCAAUGCUUUUGCAAAACGACGGCCGGAAUGGCGAUGAGGUCGACGGUGAAUCGGCAGCUGCUGAACCUCUACAACCGAUAUGAAAGGGAUGAUGAAGACGCGGAAACGGGUGUUGCCCUGAAGCGUGAAAAUGUCUGUGGAUCUCGGCUGAACUGGACGCGCGAACACGAUUUUGUGAUGCCUAAGGAGAGUGACGAUUUUGGGAAGAGGAAGAAGAAAAAGAAGACCCAAGACGAUAGUGAGGCGAAGAACUCGCUCACCUUGGUUCUGGUGAUACACGGCGUGCUGACGACGAUCAUCCUCUGCAUCUGUCUGUCCUCCCUCUACUGCUGGGUAAAGAAGCGACGCGACCGCAACGCGACAAUCACUAAUGACACUACGGACGAAUCGACGGAUGGAGCCGGGAAGGGAAAAAAGAAUGGAAUCUGGCCGAGCCGCCCCUACGAGAAGACGGACGAG